CUAUAUACAAUGUAUAAGAAGGACUAAACAUUUUUCAAUUUCAUCGAAAUCGAAGAAAACAACAUAUUGCAGCGUACCUGUUUGUUAAAAGUCCAAAGAUGGCAAAUUCAAGUGAAGAGAAACACGAAGUGUUCAUAUGCUUCAGAGGUGAGGACACACGCAACACCUUCACCAGCCAUCUGAAUGCUGCACUAAGAAGGCUAGAGAUAAGAACCUACAUAGAUCACGACCUCAGAAGAGGAGAAGAGAUUCCUGAGAGGCUUCUUAGAGCAAUCAAGGAUGCUAAGCUUUCCGUCAUUGUUUUCUCGGAAAACUUCGCGGCUUCAAAAUGGUGCUUGGAUGAAGUUGUCAACAUACUGGAGUGCAAGAAGACGAGUAACCAAAUUGUUGUGCCUGUUUUCUAUCGCGUAGAUCCGGCCGUGGUGCGGAACCAGAUCGGGAGUUAUGGUGAUGCAUUUGGCAAGCAUGAACAACGGUUUGAAGGUGAGAUGAACAAAGUCAAAAUCUGGAGGGAGGCUUUGACUGAAGCUGCUAAUCACUCUGGUUGGGGAUGCUCCCUCAACAAAGUGGAAUCUGAAAUAGUGGAGGGAAUUGCAAUGGAUGUGAUGGAGAAGCUGAAUCAUGUGUACGUUGGGGAUUUGGAUGAACAGAUAAGAAAAUUUAAGCAACUGGCAGUGCUUCAGGAUCAAUAUUACAAAGCCAUACCAGUUUUUGAUAAUUUAGAAAUCUACAGGGCAACGGUUCGACGCAUCACCGAACUUGAAAUGGAGAGAAGCAUUCGUCUCCUUCGUUUAACUCCUGACAUGCUUCCAUAUGUCGGAAAUUUCAAAUCCCACUAACUCUUAUUCAUCAUUCCAUUUAAUUAUUGUUCAAAUUUUAUUACUGCCUGCUUAAAUGCCUUCAUCAAGACUCAAGAGUAUACUUGGUUAAUUCGAUCCUUGUUACAAGUUCAUUUUCAAUUUGUUGACUUAUGUAAUUCCUGAUCAAACUUCUCAUAAUAUUUUAAUUUCUUGUUGAAUGCUCA